AUGACUGACUUGAGCGAAAAUGCAGCUGCCGUUGCGAAUGGCGUCCGGUCUUCUCCCUCUCCGAACAUAUCCAAUGGCAAACCUGCGUCCCCUUUUGUGAAGGAGAGCAAUCCCAUGGGGGCCAACACCGCCCAGACCGUCAGCUCCAAAGAUCCAAAGGCUGCGGCUGCGGCAGCAAAUGAUAUGCGUAACGUGGUUAGGAGAAAGUUGACAGGCUAUGUUGGAUUUGCAAACUUGCCAAAUCAAUGGCACCGUAAGAGCGUCAGAAAAGGCUUCAACUUCAACGUGAUGGUCGUGGGUGAAUCAGGAUUGGGUAAAUCCACCUUGGUGAACACUCUAUUCAAUACUUCUCUAUACCCUCCACGUGAACGCAAAGGUCCCAGCUUGGACAUCAUCCCCAAGACUGUCUCUAUCCAGUCAAUCAGUGCCGACAUUGAGGAAAACGGAGUGCGUCUGCGUUUGACCGUGGUUGACACUCCUGGCUUUGGAGACUUCGUCAACAACGAUGAUUCGUGGAGACCGAUUGUGGAGAAUAUUGAGCAGCGAUUCGAUGCCUAUCUCGAGGCCGAGAACAAGGUGAAUCGCAUGAACAUUGUGGACAACAGGGUCCAUGCCUGCGUCUACUUCAUCCAACCCACCGGCCACUCCCUGAAGCCUCUGGACAUCGAAGUCAUGCGUCGCCUACAUACCAAAGUCAACCUCAUCCCGGUUAUCGCAAAGGCCGAUACACUGACAGACGAGGAAGUAUCAGCGUUCAAGCAAAGAAUUCUUGCUGAUAUAGCGCAUCACUCGAUCCAAAUCUUCGAAGGUCCACGUUACGAACUGGAUGAUGAGGAGACCAUUGCCGAGAACAAUGAGAUCAUGUCGAAAGUGCCUUUCGCUGUUGUCGGUGCUAACUACGAGGUUACCAAUCCCGAAGGCCGCAAAGUGCGUGGCCGACGCUAUCCUUGGGGUAUAAUCGAGGUGGACAAUGAGGAACACUGUGAUUUUGUCAAGUUACGACAAAUGCUGAUCCGAACACACAUGGAAGAGCUCAAAGAGCACACUAACAAUGCACUCUACGAAAACUACCGCUCGGACAAACUGAUCCAGAUGGGUGUAUCACAAGAUCCCAGUGUGUUUAAAGAGGUCAAUCCUGCAGUAAAACAGGAAGAGGAGAGGACGCUUCAUGAGCAGAAGCUUGCCAAGAUGGAAGCCGAGAUGAAGAUGGUGUUCCAGCAGAAGGUGCAGGAGAAAGAGAGCAAACUACAGCAAAGUGAGGAAGAACUAUUCGCCCGGCACCGAGAAAUGAAAGAACAACUGGAGCGACAGCGAGCAGAGCUAGAGGAGAAGAAGGCUCGGAUUGAACAAGGCCGACCGAUCGAGAAAGAAGGCAAGCGGAAGGGAUUCUCGCUCCGAUAG